AAGGAGGGUUACUGGGAAAUUUUUAAGCGAUACAAGACGCCAUAUUGCUCUCAGCUGGACUCGGGAGUUUGCGUGAAGGAAAUAAUAAUACCUAGCUACACCUAGGCGUUUCUGACAUCAUUCAUCUUAAAUGGACGAGAUGGCAAGCCCAGGGAAUGACCGAAUGAAGAGUUACAAGAACAAAGCGCUGAACCCACAGGAGAUGCGCCGGAGGAGAGAGGAGGAGGGGAUCCAACUCCGCAAACAGAAGAGAGAAGAGCAGCUGUUCAAGAGGAGGAAUGUGUGUGUGCCCUCGGGCGAUGAGUCCAUGUUGGAAUGCCCUAUCCAGGACCCUGACAUCAGCUCCACUGCACCAGUCUCAGGUGAAGGUGUCAUAACUCCAGACAUGAUCCAGAUGAUCUUCUCUGAGGAUCCAGACCAGCAGCUGAUCGCCACACAGAAAUUUAGGAAGUUACUCUCCAAAGAGCCCAACCCCCCCAUCGAUGAGGUCAUCCUCACCCCAGGGGUCGUCAAUAAGUUUGUGGAGUUCCUCAAGAGGAGUGAGAACUGCACUCUUCAGUUUGAGGCAGCCUGGGCCCUGACCAACAUUGCCUCUGGGACCUUCCUGCACACCAAGGUGGUUAUCGAGACGGGAGCCGUACCCAUCUUCAUCGAGCUGCUCAACUCAGACUACGAGGACGUCCAGGAGCAGGCCGUGUGGGCCCUGGGGAACAUCGCCGGGGACAACGCAGAGUGCAGAGACUACGUUCUCAACUGUGGCAUCCUGCCCUCCUUACAACAGCUGCUGGCUAAAUCCAACCGUCUCACCACAACUAGGAAUGCUGUAUGGGCUCUGUCUAACCUGUGUAGAGGGAAGAACCCCCCUCCAGACUUCAUCAAGGUGUCUCCCUGUCUGAGUGUGCUGUCCAGGCUGCUGUUCAGUAGUGACCCAGACGUGUUGGCUGAUGCCUGCUGGGCCCUCUCCUACCUGUCUGACGGACCCAAUGACAAGAUACAGACCGUCAUCGACUCUGGUGUCUGCCGCAGACUGGUGGAGCUACUCAUGCACAGUGACUAUAAGGUGGUCUCUCCUGCUCUGCGUGCUGUGGGAAACAUAGUGACAGGAGAUGACAUUCAGACUCAGGUGAUUCUGAACUGCUCGGCGUUGCCAUGCCUAUUACACCUGCUCAGCAGUCCCAAGGAGUCCAUCAAGAAGGAGGCCUGCUGGACUGUGUCUAACAUUACAGCUGGGAACAGAGCACAGAUCCAGACUGUGAUAGAUGCCAACAUCUUCCCAGUGCUGAUAGAGAUUCUUCAGAAGGCAGAGUUCCGUACCAGGAAGGAAGCAGCGUGGGCUAUAACCAACGCUACCUCUGGGGGCACUCCUGAGCAGAUUAGGUACCUGGUUAGUCUGAACACCAUCAAGCCCAUGUGUGACCUGCUGACAGUGAUGGACAGUAAGAUAGUGCAGGUGUCACUGAACGGCCUGGAGAACAUCCUGAGACUGGGAGAGCAAGAGGCCAAGCAGAACGGCACCGGCAUCAAUCCUUACUGUGCCCUCAUAGAGGAAGCCUAUGGUCUGGACAAGAUAGAGUUCCUGCAGAGCCAUGAGAAUCAGGAGAUCUACCAGAAGGCUUUUGACCUGAUCGAGCACUACUUUGGUGUGGAGGAAGAGGACGCUAGCAUCGCCCCGCAGGUGGACCAGAACCAAGGCCAGUUCAUCUUCCAGCAGCAAGAUGGGCCCAUGGAGGGCUUCCAGCUCUAACCACACCCUGACCUUUGACCUUCACCCCUCUGAGUAUCUACUCCCCCCCCCCCCCCCGGGGGAGGCCAGUCUCCAUAGGGCUGUUUAGACCUGAACUGAUGACACUACCCCAUCUCUCCUCUCUCACUGGACACACCUGCUCUACCUCUCUCUCCAAAUAUUCCUGUCCUGCAAGGCUAGCCUUGCCCUGCCACAGCACCCUAUCUGGAAAGAGCGAGAGAGCGAGCACGAGAGAGAGAGCCUGACUGACUGAAAGACUGACUGAGGACAGCUCAUUCUUAGUGUUUGAGGACAGCUCAUUCGCUCUAUUGUAGACUAUACCGUCUGUGCAGUGGCAAGCCUAACAUGGUAGGCAUAGGAAAGAAAGAGUUGGCUAAUAUUUUGUCUUACUCCCUAAAAUGUUUUUUUUUAUUUUAUAAUUUCCUGUGAUAUUAUUAUUACGACACUGGUGUCUCAAUCACCCUCCAUAUCUCCUUUUUAAAUGUGAAACUACCUCUUCAGUCUUCAAAAAGAAAACAAAAGAUAUGAAGCAUUUGACUGAUGAUUCUCUGGAUUUCACCAGAUAGUCCAAGUAAAACUCCUAUCCCAACUAGUGUCCUGAAGAGGUUUAGUGACUGUAUCAGCUCAUUUCCUAACUUCUUGUACCCUUUGACCAGAGCUGAGAGAACAGUUGGCUACAGACAGCCUACUGUUUUCAUUGGAGGAUGUACAUUGUGUCAAGAUGAUGAUGAUGUGUGUAUUCCAGUGACAUUAUUUAAGUUGGAAAGCAGGUGGACAUCUUUCGCUGGGGUCUCUCUUCAAUGAUAAAAUUGACAAUGGUUGACCUGGAGAUUCCUAAUCUUAUUUAUUCUGUUGAAAUGUCUUUCAGUUCCUUGACCUUGGCUGCAAUAUUAACUUUAGAAUAACAUCAGAACACCAGUUGCAUCGAACUGACUGCAGUAAUGUAGAUGCAUUGUGUAGGGCAACACUGCAUGUCACUUGCUGCGUUAGUCAGCAUAGCGUUCAGCCAGGCUUAUGCUUAUCUGUAACAACGUUACGGUAGGAUUGACACAACGUUAGGGCAACGUUGAGGAGUGUUCUGCUUGUGUGAGUUCUCCUUUAUUGAAGCACCGCCAGCCAGCCACAGUACAGGGCCAGACGGGUUAGGUUCAGUGACUAGUAUCUGUUGUGUGAUGCAGUGUCUGUCUGUAACAAUCUCCAGGUGAAUAAAAACACAGGCUCUCAGAGUUCUUUUGUAGUUGUUGUUUUUUCCCGUCAUCUCACCAUGAGUUAUUAUGAUGUCAUGACUUAUUUGUUUUGCUGAAGUCUUUUUUUUGUUUUAUCGGUGGUGGUUAACCUUACAUUGGACUUAACGCUAUUGGACGUUGAUAUAAAAUGCUCAGUUGAACUUGAGUGCUUUGUAUAUUAUAUAUACAUGUAAGAAAUUAUAUGGGGGAAAAAAUACCUACAAAUUGGAAGGGGUGAUUUAUUAAUUGCAGUAUAAUGUGUUUUCUGACUGAGAUAUGCAAUGUUGUACUUAUUGUUGAGUCUUUGCACACUUACCUGUUGCUGCUUUAUUCUGAUAUUUUGUUGGGUAUGUGUUUGUCUCCUCUGGUUCCCCUCAACUUUACAACUGCUUCUGGAACAUGUUUUGUUUAAAACUGCUUCUGGAACAUGUUUUGUUAAGGACUCCUUACAUUUUUUUAAAUAAAAAAAUGAUAUGAACUCUUGAUUGGUGAAGGAAACCCAACCUGGCUAAACUGAACUGCUGAGCCUUUAUUAGUGUGUGACUACAAGUAUUUCAGCAUUCUACUUUUCUUUUAGUUUUAAACUCAUGACUCCUGAAACCUGGCUCCUUACUUUUGGCAUGUUACAUUUUUUUUAAAUUGAUGCUGUAUACAUUUUGAGUACCAUAUUAAUUGAUCCUAGGACUUGGAAAUGAUAUAUUUACGUGAGAUGGAAACAGUUUGUAGUGCUACAUUUUGUCAAGCACAUCAAAAAUUGUGUAUAGUUUUCUAAUAUUUCUCAUGUUUGUACGAUUGGAUGAUAUAUCAUUUUUAUGUUUUAGGUUGAUUUAUUUCUCCCCCAUUUGGGAAUUGUUUUGGCUUUGAUACAGAGGCUAUAAGGACUGCUGUGGUAUUCUGUCCAGAAUCCCGUAGUUUAGGUGAUUACCGUAUCAUGCCGCCAUUGUGGUUCUGUUUCCUUUAAUCCAAUGGACCACAGAGGCCUGUGUGUGAAGCUGGACUAAACAGCUCCUCUCUGUGUUACUCAUGGAGCUGUUGUCUGGCUCUACUUUGAGGGGUUCAUGUGGAGUUGACUGUAAAAUAAUGAAGAAUAAAGAAAUACAAUGAUCUGUUACACAA